AGGAGACGAGUGAGAGGACGGAGGACCCCUUAAAAAGAUUUCGCACCGAAGCCCACAGCAGACCAGAGCCUGCUUCAUUUGCAGAGAGAGAAUCCGAAGGACGCUUCUGAGCCAGACCGCCGAGAAUCCAAACUGCCCGACAACGCACAGAGAGAGAGAGAGAGAGAGAGGAACGGAGCAAGAAAGAAAGAAAGAAAGAAAACACGCAGAUUGAUUCUGGUUUUAAUUUGCGCAUCGAUUUCUCCUUCGUCUCCUUAUCCAAUCCCUAUCAAUUUCCAGAGGUGGACCUUGUCUUGUGAGGAGAAAAAGGAGGUACUGCAUUAAUAGUUUGGUGGUUUUCUGCUGAGACAUGUUGGAGGACCUAUCCUUUGUGGUUUCAAGGGGUUGUCUGAGAAAUUGUGAACAAGAAAACAGCUGGACUUGCAUGAAUAGCUGGCUAGAGAAUGGCAAGAGACCCUUAGAAAUUGAUGGGGUGGAAGAAGGUGCAAGGAAGUCAUCUAAGCAAUCAGAUGCUCGUGAGAGAGUUGAUUCAAGUCUGCUGUUGCGUGAUGUUUCUAUGUCCCCAGCGGACCAAUCAGGUAACCAGCGUCAAGCUGGGGAUAAUUCGGAUUCAGAUCCCCUUAUCCAUGGCAUUGGCAGAGACAACUCAAUAAGCUGUCUCAUUCAGUGCUCAAGGGCUGAUUAUGGCUCUAUUGCAUCCUUGAACAGGAGCUUCCGCUCUCUAAUACGGAGCGGCGAGCUCUACAAAAUGCGGCGUAACAAUGGCGUGAUUGAACACUGGGUUUAUAUUUCAUGCAACCUCCUAGAGUGGGAAGCUUUUGAUCCAAAUCGUAGGCGGUGGAUGCGUUUGCCAAUGAUGCAUUCCAAUGAAUGCUUCGUUUUCUCAGACAAGGAGUCUCUGGCUGUUGGGACUGAGCUUCUUGUAUUUGGAAAGGAUUUGAUGUCUAACGUCCUUUAUAAAUAUAGUUUAUUAACAAACACAUGGUCAUCUGGAAUGAAGAUGAAUGCUCCAAGAUAUUUGUUUGGGUCUGCCAGCCUUGGGGAGAUUGCUAUUGUAGCAGGUGGUUGUGAUAAUCAGGGAAAUGUUUUAAGCUCAGCUCAGCUCUACAAUUCUGAGACUGGAAACUGGGUUACACUCCCAAGCAUGCAUAAGCCACGCAAGAUGUGUUCUGGGGUUUUCAUGGAUGGAAAGUUUUAUGUUAUUGGGGGAGUUGGAGGAAGUGAUUUAAAACUUCUUACAUGUGGAGAGGAAUAUAAUUUGGAAACAGGAUCCUGGACUGAAAUAAGUAAUAUGUCCCCUGUGCGGAGUGGCACAGUUGGGGAAAAUGAAAUACCAGCUACAUCUGAGGCACCACCUCUGGUUGCUGUUGUAGAUAAUGAAUUGUAUGCAGCUGAUCAUGCAAGGAUGGAGGUCAGAAAAUAUGACAAGGAGAGGAGAGUGUGGGUUACCGUAGGCAGAUUGCCAGAAAGGGCUGCCUCCAUGAAUGGUUGGGGCUUGGCAUUCAGGGCAUGUGGACGCCAGCUUAUUUGUAUCGGUGGACCAAGGUCUGCGGGUGAGGGAUUUAUAGAAGUCAAUUCAUGGGUUCCAAGUGAAGGCCCCCCAGAGUGGAAGUUGCUUGACCGGAAGCAAUCCGCUAGCUUUGUCUAUAACUGUGCAGUGAUGGGUUGCUGAAGGUUUGGAAAUUGGAGGAACUGUCUGCAUCCACGGUGACUUAUGGUGAGUGGAAUCCAAAUGAUUGUUAUCCAUCGGUGAAAUAUUCAUGCUAAUAGGUAAUUUAAACCAACCCUCAUUUCCCCAUUUCACCUCUUUUUGUUUUUUACUAGCUGGGUAUGAAGGGAAAGAAUAUCAGAUUUACUUAAAAUUCUACAAAAUGUUUUAUCGGGAGGAGGACUUGAAUUAAAUUUUUCAACAUUUUUAUGUCUUUUUUCUUCUCCAUUGGAUUUAUCUUCCCCAUUUUCAGUGGCAUGAAAAUUCAAAGUGGGCAUCAGGAGGCACAGGGGAUAGGUUUAAUAAUUCCAUACAUUGGUAGGAGGUUGUUAGUAUUUGCUGGAGGCUUCUCAAGAAUCACAGAAUUAGUUACAUGGUUUUAUAAUCCUUAAUUUUCUUGGCCUUGUCUUGAUGGAGAAAAUAAACUCUUUGAGAUUGUUCUGCUGGAACAUUACUGAUGUACCAAGUAUAUUUAUUUUGCUCCAAUGCAUCACUAUAUUGAGCUUGUUUAUUUCA